GAAACAGGUCCCCGACAGCCUCCUCGCCUUCCAGCACAUGUUCCCGGACGAUGACGCCUGCGCCGCCUGGCUGAUCGAAAUGCGCUGGCCGGACGGCUUCGUCUGUCCCGCGUGCGGCCAUGAAAAGGGAUGGGCGCUGCGCAGAAAAGCACACACCUUCGAGUGCGCCGGCUGCCGCCGGCAGACCUCGGUGACGGCCGGGACGAUCCUGCACGCCAGCAAGCUGCCGCUCACCGUCUGGUUCUGGGCCGCCUACCUGAUGGCGACCCCACUCCAACGGCAUCUCUGCCCUGCAGCUCCAGAAACAGCUCGGUAUCGGCUCUUACCGCAGCGCUUGGCUGCUCGCCCACAAGCUGCGCGCCAGCAUGGUCGACCCCGAGCGCAACCCGUUGUCGGGCCUGGUGGAAAUCGACGAGGCCAGCCUUCCAUUCCGGACCAAAGACGAUCCUCCCACCGGAGGGCAAGGACGCAGCCACGACGGCAAGAUGCUCAUCGUCGGCGCCAUCGAACUCGGGGACGGAAACAUCCCAGGCCGCCUGCGGCUGGCCGAAAUCUCCUCCUACGGCGCCGCCGACCUCGGACACUUCGUCGAAACCGCCGCCGAUCCCGACGCCAUCGCGAAAACCGACGGCUGGUCCGGCUACGCUGCGGUCCCCGCCGAUCGCCACAAUGUCCAUGUCGUCGGGAAGACCGCCGCUCACCUCGUCCUGCCGUGGAUCCACCAAGUCUUCUCCAACCUCAAAGGAUGGGCGCGAGGCGUCUACCACGGGCUGCGUCGCAAGCAUCUGCAGGCCUAUCUCGAUGAGUUCGUCUUUCGCUUCAACCGCCGCAAAACCCGCCACGCUGCUUUCCGCUCGCUCUUCCGCAUCGCCACCAAUGCAGAACCCCUUACCUACAGCAUGUUGAUCGAACCGGAGCCAUGU